CUUCAGAAACAUUCGUUCUGGCGUAACUGAGCACAAUAAACACACAUUUUUCUGCGGUACAUAACCGGUCUUCGGAGGUCGUAGGAAGCGAAUUCUUCUGGUUCACAACGAAUAACAACACUUACGUCAUCUCGUAAAGCUUAUUCCGCUCGAGAAAUGUCAUUAUUUCGUGUGGUGGGCAAAGAAUUAUUCUACGUAUAUCGUCGAGGAAUUGCAUCAAUUGGAACCCGUUGCAUAACUUUGUCAUCGGUGAGAUUAACGGCGGGCAAAGAAACCUCUAGUACGAUAGAAGAGGACGAGGAAAACGAGAAUAAACCUUCAUCCGGCGAAGACCGUGACGACCCCAAAGAUCGCACACGAGUUAUUCCGGUGGAAACAAGCAUUCGGUAUCUGGCCAGUGAAGCGUUCCAGCAGACGUACCAAGGGGAUCCGGUGUGGAAGCAGUACAGACGAAACCAUAAGGGGCUCUAUCCACCGAAGAAAACUCGCAAAACCUGUAUCCGUGGGGGCAAGCUUUCCACGGGGAAUCCAUGCCCAAUCUGUAGAGACGAGUAUUUGGUGCUGGACCAUAGGAACAUCGAUUUGAUCAAGCAGUUUAUUUCCCCCCACAGUGGAGAGGUGCUGAGUUACCAGAUCACCGGAUUGUGCCAGAAGAAGCAUCUUCAACUGUUGGUUGCCGUCGAGAGGGCUAUGGAUUAUGGUCUCAUCACUUUCGAGGUGCCGUUCCGGAAUUAUGAUUAUUCGGAAUACUACACAGCCCAGCAAUAA